UUUUCGUGGCGACUGCCAACGCAAAGGCAGAACGAAAGAAGCUGCCAUUUUAGGUUUUAGUUCAGCAUUUUCUGGGAUGAAUAGAAAAAGACAACGACAGUUUUGGUGAGACGUGCCACAGUUGCCAUGUGGUCCACAUUCUACAUGCAGGAGGAGGAUGGACGGGCGGGGGGCGGGCCUGGCGGAGGGCCGAGCGGCCUUGCCGGAGUGAUGGGCAUGCGGGGAGGCGUGGGCAAACGGCGGGCGGCGGCCUCUGCGAGCAGCACCAGGCAGGAGGGGCAAGUUAAGAUGUUGUUCUUUGUUGCCAUUAUUGGUGUGGCCCUCACUAUCUUGGGCUUGGGAACCGACUACUGGGUGGAGCUCGCCCCGCCCAAGACCUUCUACAACAACGGAACGUGUUUGGUGGCUCACUACGGGCUGUGGAAACGCUGCCUGACGACUCUGACAGACAUCGACUCUCAGAGGGAGAGCUGUGGGCCUGCCAACAUGCCCGGAGAGGUCGAUUCAAACUGCACAUUCUUCAAGUUCUUUACCUCCGGGGACAAUGCAGUUAUAUUUCAAAAGACAACUCAGAAGAGUCUGAGUGUGGCAGCUGCCAGCCUCGCCCUCCUGAGCCUCUUCCUGAUGGUAACGGCUGCUGUCUGCAUCAUCAUGUCCCUCAGUAAGGGGGAGAAGUUCUUCCUCAAACCUGCAUCCGUCUGUUUCACGCUUUCGGGCAUCCUGGUCCUGCUGUCGCUCAUGGUCUUCCACCAGUCUGUCCUCGCCCUCCUUGCUAGCGACCACACCGUCCCCCUUCAUCACGAGCUGUCCUGGUCCGCAUCCUGCGUAGGCAUAGCAGGGGCCAUCCUAAUUGUGGUCGGUGUGCUCUUUAUGUUGCUCACCCUCUCCUGUAGCCCCUGGGAAAGGUGUUUACCUCACCAUCACAGUGCCACCUAGUGGCGUGCAGGGUACUUUUUUAAAUCAAGUACACAAACUGCUUCAUAGGAAUUACACAUAAUAUGGACAAUACCGAAUCCAAGACUUCACACCACCUCAGAUAGACAGUAUAUGGAACACAACAGUAAAAACAAAAGAUAACAUGACUGUUUGGUGGAGUAUUGGCUGGUCCUAAAACAUGCUGUAAUUUCUUUUGGCAAUUUUACUGCAAAACAAAGAUGAAUCUUACGUUGCCUCCCUUCCUCAUACCUGCAUGUAUGUAAUUAUUUUCAUUGGCAUCUUAAAGAAAAUAUGUACCGUUCCGUCUAAGUAAAGUGAGACUUCUCAGACUGAUGUUCCUUCUUGCAUUGUUAUGUUACAAGUUGGCUCACUCUGAUAUGUUGGUAAUAUUGGUGUUUCAGCAUUGUAUAUGUACAGCAUGAAUAAUAUUGGACAAGCCUAUAUAAUUACAGGUUGACUGAGCGAGAUGGUAAAAUUCAUUGAGCUAUCUUGGAUAGUGAAAUUCAGAAGAGCCCCUCCAUCAGAAAAUUGGGGAUUCAGAUCAAGGUAGGAAUGUAGAGCUAUUGUACUCCCCUUGCACAACAAAAAAAUAUAUUUUCCAUAUAUGGAAUCCAGUAUAUUGCCAUUAUUGCAUUGUCAUUAUUUUAUGACAUUGUUUCUGAUAAUAUUUUCAGCAUUUAACUACACAUACGAAUAACAUCAAUACAUAACAUUGACUUGUUUGUGAAAUGAGAAGCUGUUACUUGAAUUGUUCAAAAAAUAUUGUCAUUUGUAUUGGACUUUUUAAUGUUGCCUAGAAACAUUCAAAAUAUACCACUUAUAACCACUUUGGUCUCAGGGGAAUACAUCUGAAUAUAACCAAGUGAAUGUAUUAUCAAGCAAAAAUGACAAUAUAUUGGCAUGUAUUGGAAACAUAUUUGAAGUGCUUCCUAUAUUCAAAUGUAUUAUUUGUAUUACAUUAAAACUAUUACAGUAUAUUUUUCAAAAUAUGGCAAAAUAUUUUUGUUCUGUAAGGGUCAUGCUCAAGGUUCUCUCGAUUGCAAGGUUCUUACCUUAAUUGCUACUAUUAAAUAAAUAUGUAUGCAUGAGUAUGAAAAAUGGAAAAUAAAGAAAAUUCCCUGACUGUAACAUCUGCCAGGAACCCAUUUACACAGUAUAAUACAAGAAAUGCGAGGGCAGGGAUUUGGGGACUGGGGGUAGGGAUACAAUAUCCCCCUUUUUAAACAUGGCACUCACAUUCUAAGGCAUCAGGCCUGUAUUUCAUUGUUCCUUUCCUUUCUCUUGCAAUGAGAAUGUAUAGGCUGCUGUAUAUUCUAUGUGCAGGACUGUCAGUGUAUGUGUCUUCUUCUCUGUAUUUAAAUAAAAAUGGAUGUUGUUAA